AUGGCUGAAUGGGAAAAUGGUUGGUUUUUUAAAUGGGAAAAUCAAAAACUUCUCAGAUAUGGAAAAGAACUUGUAAUUCUUAAAUGCUUAAAUGACUCUAAAAAAUUUAGCGAAGAAUGGAUUUGUGAGAUUGAAACACAUCUUACGCUUACGAUUGAUGCAGUUCAACUUGUUAAUUGUUUUGGUUUGACAAAAGAUCCAGAAACACAAAAUUAUAUGCUUGUACUUUAUUCUAUGGGAUAUAGCUUGUAUGAAUAUUUGCAAGAAAAUUAUUCAUCUAUUACCUUUUUACAGAAAAUUUUGAUUCUUUAUGAUGUUAUUGUUUCUAUCACUUCAUUUUAUAAAGUUGGUUUAGUUCAUGGAGAUUUGCAUUCCGGAAAUAUUUUUCAAUAUAAAUCUACUAAAGAUUGGGCUAUUGGUGAUCUUGGUCUCUGUGAACCAAAUAAAUCUGCAGUUAAAAUAAUCAAUAAUAAACCACCAAAAGUAUCAAAAAAGAUUUUAUAUUAUACUCUUGAAAAUUCAACUAGUUGUACUAUUAAAAUCGAUAGUCAAGUAGAUAAUGAAGGUAUGCAAAAUUAUUAUGUUUUUUGA